AUGGCGUCCCAUUUCCUGCGCCCAUUGGCUUGCGAGCUCUCUUCGUCCUCGUCUGCCGCGCCCGCUCGACUUGCGCGCAUCAGCUUCCAAGAUGGCAGACUGCUGGUCAGCAGCAGCAGCAGCAGCCGCCGACGCCGGUGGCUCACCACGCUCAACAAGGCCUCGUCCACCGCCUCCUCCUCGGUGCCCGCCGCCGCCGCCGCAACGCCGCUCGCUCUUGCCCGCCGCCAUGCCGCGGUAGUCGCGCUCCUCCCGCCGCCGCCCAAGCGCUACUCGACCGUCGUGCUCCCGCAGACCACGCCCUAUGCCCAGCUCACCGUCGGCGUGCCCACCGAGACCUUUGCCGGCGAGCGCCGCGUGGCCGUCACACCCGCCAACGUUGCCGUGCUGCUGAAAAAGGGCUACGCCAAGGUCCUCGUCCAGCGCGGCGCCGGUACCGCCGCCGACUUCCUCGACUCGGCGUACGAGAAAGCCGGCGCGACGCUCGUCGCCGACGCCGCCGCCAUCUGGUCCCAGGCGCACAUCGUGCUCAAGGUCCGCGGCCCGUCCCUGGACGAGGUCGACGCGAUCCGGGACCACCAGACCAUCAUCUCACUGCUACAGCCCGCGCAGAACAAGGCGCUCGUCGAAAAGAUUGCCAGCCGCCACGCCACGUGCCUCGCCAUGGACAUGAUCCCGCGCAUCUCGCGCGCGCAGGUCUUUGACGCCCUCAGCAGCAUGGCCAACAUUGCCGGCUACAAGGCCGUGCUCGAGGCCUCCAACGUCUUUGGCCGCUUCCUCACCGGCCAGGUCACGGCCGCCGGCAAGAUCCCGCCCUGCAAGGUCCUCGUCAUCGGCGCCGGCGUCGCCGGCCUCAGCGCCAUCGCCACCGCCCGCCGCAUGGGCGCCAUCGUCCGCGGCUUCGACACCCGCCCCGCCGCCCGCGAGCAGGUCCAGUCGCUCGGCGCCGAGUUCAUCGAGGUCGAGAUUGACGAGGACGGCUCCGGCGCCGGCGGCUACGCCAAGGAGAUGAGCAAGGAGUUCAUCGACGCCGAGAUGAAGCUGUUCAAGGAGCAGGCCAAGGACGUCGACAUCAUCAUCACCACCGCCCUCAUCCCCGGAAAACCCGCCCCCAAGCUCCUCAAGAUGGACAUGCUCGACGUCAUGAAGCCUGGCAGUGUCAUUGUUGAUCUCGCUGCCGAGGCAGGAGGCAACUGCGAAGCCACCAAGCCGGGCGAGCUGGCCGUCUACAACGACGUCAAGGUUAUUGGCUACACCGACCUCCCCUCGCGGCUGCCCACCCAGUCCUCUACUCUGUACUCGAACAACAUCACCAAGUUCCUGCUCUCUAUGGCCCCGCAGGAGCAGGCCUUUGGCAUCGACCUUUCCGACGAGGUUGUGCGCGGCGCCAUCGUCACCCUCAAAGGCGACAUCAUACCGCCCGCCCCGCGCCCCGCGCCGCCGCCUCCGGCCGCCAAGCCCGCCGCCGCCGCCGAAGCCGUCCCCGAGCCCGUCGCGCUCACGCCCUGGCAAGUAAAGUCGCGCGAGGUCGGCUUCGUCACCGGCGGCAUGGCCUCGGUGCUCGCGCUCGGCAAGUUUACCAGCCCGCUCUUCAUGUCCAACGCCUUUACGUUUGCCCUGGCCAGUCUGAUUGGGUACCGCGUCAUCUGGGGCGUCGCCCCGGCCCUGCACUCGCCGCUCAUGAGCGUCACCAAUGCCAUUUCCGGCAUGGUUGGCGUCGGCGGUCUGUUCAUCCUCGGCGGAGGGUACCUGCCCGGCACUAUUCCCCAGACGCUCGGUGCGCUGAGCGUUUUGCUCGCCUUUGUCAAUGUCGGUGGUGGCUUCGUCAUUACCAAGCGUAUGCUCGACAUGUUUAAACGCCCUACUGACCCCCCCGAGUACCCCUGGCUUUAUGCUGUUCCUGCUGCCGUGUUUGGCGGUGGCUUCGUCGCGGCCGCGGCGACCGGUGUUGGUGGCCUGGUCCAGGCCGGCUACCUUGCUUCCUCUGUUUUGUGCAUCGGCUCUCUUUCUAGUCUGGCCUCGCAAUCCACUGCCCGCAUGGGCAAUAUGCUCGGCAUGCUCGGUGUAUCUUCCGGUGUCCUGGCCAGCCUGUUGGCUGCCGGCUUCUCUCCCGAGGUCUUGACCCAAUUUGGCGCACUCGCUUCCAUUGGUAUUCUUGCUGGUGCUUUGAUCGGCAAGCGCAUCACGCCCACUGAUCUUCCCCAAACCGUUGCUGCUUUGCACUCUGUUGUCGGUCUCGCUGCUGUCCUGACCAGUAUUGGCAGUGUCAUGGCCGGCAUCCAAGACAUUUCCACCCUGCACAUGGUCACUGGCUACCUCGGUGUUUUGAUCGGUGGCAUCACAUUUACUGGCUCCAUCGUUGCGUUCCUGAAACUGGGCGGCAGAAUGUCUUCCAAGCCCAAGAUCCUGCCUGGGCGACACUUUAUCAACGGCGGCCUCUUGGCCGGUAACAUGGCCACCAUGGGCGCCUUCAUCACCAUGGCGCCCGGCGCGCCGCUGAUUGCCGCGGGCGCGCUGACAGCCAACGCCGUCAUGAGCUUCAUCAAGGGGUACACGACUACGGCGGCCAUUGGCGGCGCCGACAUGCCCGUCGUCAUCACGGUGCUCAACGCCUACUCGGGCUUCGCGCUCGUCGCCGAGGGCUUCAUGCUGGACAACUCGCUCCUGACGACGGUCGGGGCGCUCAUUGGCGUGUCGGGCUCCAUCCUCUCGUACGUCAUGUGCGUGGCCAUGAACCGGUCGCUGACCAAUGUCCUCUUUGGCGGGCUCUCGGCGCCGGCGGCCGAGGCGCAGGAGUACCAGCCGCAGGGCGAGGUGACGAAGACGUCGAGCGACGAGCUGGCCGACGCGCUGCUCAACUCGGAGUCGGUGAUCCUCGUCGUCGGCUACGGCAUGGCCGUGGCCAAGGCGCAGUACGCCAUCUCGGAGAUUGUGGCGCUGCUGCGCGCCAAGGGCAUCACGGUGCGCUUCGCCAUCCACCCCGUCGCCGGCCGCAUGCCCGGCCAGUGCAACGUGCUGCUCGCCGAGGCGAGCGUCCCGUACGACAUUGUCCUCGAAAUGGACGAGAUCAACGACGACUUUCCCGACACGGACCUGACCGUCGUCAUUGGCGCCAACGACACCGUCAACCCGAUUGCCAUGGAAAAGGGCAGCGCCAUCGAGGGCAUGCCCGUGCUGCACGCGUGGAAGAGCAAGCAGGUCGUCGUGAUGAAGCGUGGCAUGGCCAGCGGCUAUGCUGAUGUACCAAACCCCAUGUUCUACAUGCCCAACACCAAGAUGCUGUUUGGCGAUGCCAAGGAUACUUGCGAAGCCAUCAAGACGGCCCUUCAGUCCAAGUAG